UAUAUCUAUCCCAGACAACUUCAGACAGCAAAAGAUUAAGCAAGUCCAAAUGGCCCCAGAAACAUACCACCUCUCCCCAACCCUCCACGCCCCGAACAACUCCCUCCCCGUCCUGCACUACCGGAAUGUCUUGCCUCGCCCUCUCUCAGAAUCCAGCGCCACCGAGUUCCUGACAUCGCAUAAGUGGGAGAAGCGUGGAACAUGGGGCGCCAUCUCAACCCGUCAUUUCCAUCCGAAUAGUCAUGAAUGCUACGGAAUCUUUCAAGGCACAUCGACCCUCCUCCUCGGCGCCGCGGGAGGAGAUCUCGAUCCCAGCGCCGGAAUAAAAGUCACGCUGCACGCCGGCGACGUGCUGGUUCUACCGGCUGGAACGGCCCAUAGUUCAGUAGAUGGGGAUGAUAACCCGGAGUAUCGCUAUGUUGGAGUCUAUCCGGAAGGAUGCCCGCGAUGGCGCAACGAGUACGGCAAGGAGCCGAUCGAUUUGCAUGCUCUGCGUAGGGAGAUUGACGCCGUUGCAAUGCCCUUGGAGGAUCCUGUAUAUGGAGAAGACGGUCCGCUGUGUCAGUUGUGGAAGAAGUCAAUGUCAGCGUCGAGAUUGUAAUAUCCCGUUAUUC